AUUGCGAAAGUAGUGUUUCGAGAGUGCGGAUUGGAUUGGUGCGGUUUGAGAUAUCUUGUUAAAUUAUAUUGCUAAAUAAUAAUUUUAUUAAAAAAGAUGGAUGACAACGACAACUCGGCCACUGAACACGCCGACGGUUUUGAGAAUGUCGUUGUAAAGCAAGAGGUAAUAAACGAAUCUGAAAUGGAUGAACUACCUGCAUCUCCAGACCCAAUGGGCUUGUUGGAGGAAACAGACAUCCAAAAUGCUGAUAGAACCUUAAAUAAUGAGGAAGUAAAUUCGUUUUAUGAUUCCGAUGAAAUUUGUAACGAUGACGAAAAGGAAUAUUCUGAAAAUUGGGAUACACUUUGCAAAAAGUAUAAAUGGAUUGUUUGGACUAAAGAAAAAGGUUACUACUGUGCAUAUUGUGAUUCAAAAGUGCACGACAAAAGGGUUUAUAAGCACAGCAACACUAUUUCUCAUAAAGAGUAUGAAUCAAAUUAUUUGGAGUUCAAGAAAUUGAAAGGACUAAAUAAUUCGAAUGUGUGCAUAAGUAAAGAAGUCGAUUCUGGUAACGGACCUCCUAAAGGAAAUGAGUUAUUCAAUUUUGAGGAGUUCUCUGAUUUUAUUUGGGAUCGCUGGUUCGAAUCGUAUAAAUGGCUUGAACGUUUGGAAGGGACCAUUGGAUUUUGUAAAUAUUGUAAUCUAAAAUUUGAUGUAAAAUAUAUUCACUUACGAGAACGUCAUGAAAAAUCGCAAAAACACAAAGACGCUGUUAAAAAUUAUGAAAUAGAAGCUGAUGAAGACAUAAAUGAAGUAGAUUAUAAUACAGAGGAUGAAGUUCAACCUUCUGACGAUGAAUCGGUGGAGAGUGAUGAAGUGUUUACUAUGAAAAAUUGGAUGUUUAACCUCCAACAAUCUAAUAAAAUGAGUUACUGUGUAUUGUGUGAUUAUCUCAUAACAAGAAUUAAUUUCAAAAGACACACUAGAACACGUCAUCAUUUAAGAUUUCUAUCGUUAAUACACAAGGAUGAAUUUAUUGCAGAUAAAACGGCUGAUAAAAUAAAAAAUGAGACGUUGUCGUUUAUUGAAAAUAAUAACUUUGUUAAUGAUGACUUACAGAAGAAGUAUGACUGGAUUUCUUAUGACCCGCAAAACUCAUUAGUGGCUUUGUGUAAAGUUUGUAACAAGGAUAUUACCCAUCCUUGCUCUGAAACUAAAUUGAAGGUGCAUGAAAAAAUUGCUCAUGGUAAACAGAACCCAGUCGAACUUGUCAAUCAGAUGAAAGACGAAAGUGUCAAUCAGAUGAAGAAUGAGACACAUAAUGAAGUGUCACAUUCCGAAUCUGAAGAGAAUUCGGAAGAUAGUCAGGACGAAGAAAGUGAUUAUAAAACGUACCAAAAAAAGAGAAUCAAACGACUGUCCGACGAAUGGUUCAGAGUUUACAAGUGCUAUCGAAAAUCUGACGAUCCACAGUAUAUAUAUUGUAAUUAUUGUAAGGUACCAUUGCUACCUACAUUUUCUCGCUACAAACAUGAAAAGUGUGCUCGUCACCAACAGGGAGUCAAGCGUAGUUUGUUGGAAGAACGUAAAAAUCAGUUAAAGAGUAAGAGCAAAUUGCAUCUUGGAGUUUUUAAGCGGAGUAUUGAAACUAAAUCUCUAAAGUCGAAUGAUAUAAAUAAUAUGAAAGUAAAAAUUAUGCAUUUACAAAAAAAUCACCCUUGGGUGCAAUACAAUCCUAAAGAACUUCAGCCUGAUUAUGUCCUUUGUACUAUUUGCAACGACCGCGUUUUCGUACCUACUUCGGAUUCUGUUAAGAAGCAUGAAAAAAAACAUUAUGGAGGAGUUAAUAAAGUUGUAUAUAGAAGAGAAAUCGAAAAUCAAUUCAGUUACGAUAAUAUGGAAAAUGAGAAUAACAUAAUAAGUGAAUCAUUGCAAUGUGAAAUAUUGAUGCCUGAAGAUCCAAAGUCUGACAAACAUAAGAAAAAUAUGCAAAACAUAGAUACUAACGACGAAGUUCAAAUCUUAGAAGAGCCUUUUAUCAAGGUUGAGAAAGAUGACGGAAGUAUUUAUCAAACUAAUCCAAAACGUAUCCAGAACUCAGACACAGAAGAAACUAUAAUGGCUAAACGAGGAAAGUACACAGAAGCACAUCAAUCCGUAGAUGAUGCCAUUAAUAUUCUUUGCAAAUAUAAAGAUAAAUGCACAAAUGCCAAUUCUUCGAAAUCAGAAUCAAGUAGAAAUACUUAUGAUUUGUUUUUUGAUAGUGUCAGUGAAACUGUUAAAAAGCUUCCAAAUGAUUUAGCAGCUGAAGCCAAGGUGCGGGUUUCUAGUAUUAUAUAUGAACUUGAAGUACGUGCAAUGCAGCGCGAGCAAGAAAUUGUAGAUUCUCAGAACUUGAGUACAGCAACCAUAAACGAAAAUUCAAUAACCCAAAAUGAAAAUCAUAAUUUAAUGAACAACUCUGAUGGUCAUAAUUCGUUUGGUAAUAUAAGCACUAUACAACCUUUUCGUACCAUUCCACUUACAGGACAACCGGCGUCACCAGUAAAUCCUAAUUCAAAAUUGAAACUGCGUAUACAAAAACAUAUUACUAAACCUUCAUCAUCGACACCAGUGGCAUCGAGCCAAAAACUUCUCAGUUUUGUAAGGACAUCUGAACAACAAUUAAGAAUUACUUCAAAUGGAGAAUCUAUCGAAAAUUUAGGUGAUAACCAAGAAACGGAGACAAUUAUUUUGGGUAAAAAUCAAACUUCUAAUCAAUUGAAUCCAACUGAUCGGCAAAUGACUGAAGCAAGCAGCACAGGUUUGCGUGCGCGAAGUCUAGAGUCUAUGUUACAAAAUGCAGUGCUUCCAGUUAAGCUUACAUCUCUGCCAACAUCAAACCUUCUUCAAACUAACUUAUUUAACUUUAAAAAUGGUGUGAUACGUACUAAGUCGACCACUGACGCUUGAAAGAGCGAAAUUUUAAUUAGUAAAGUUAAAGUUAUUGUAUAAAGUUCUUUCGAACUAUAAGUUGGUAACAGUUAUGUUUGUCAUAUUUAUUAAAUCUUUUUUUCCAGUUAUUAUGUAAAAUUAUAUUGAUGUAUUGUUAAAAAUGCGGAGGAACCAAUGCAUAGAGAGAUUGCUUUUUUUAUAACUAAAGCGAUCAAAGUCUACACAAGUAAAUUAUGUCGCGAACUAUCACUGGUAUGAAGUAACAACAAUUAUGUAUUGCAGAACACCAUUCCAGAAAUUAUGUGAAAUAAAAAAUUUUAACAUAUUACAUAAGCAUAAAU